AUGUCCUCUUUGGAUACCACUUUCGAUUCUGGUGUACGAACUGGGCUCAUCAUAAUUGUUGUUUUCGCGUGUCUGUCGGCAACAGCGGUGUCUUCGCUCUUGACACUUAUCGGGUAUUCAGUUGUGACGGUUCAAAGAGGCGCAACUCGAAAAUGGCAUGUCUCGACGCACAUCCAUUACUAUUUUGUAAACCUCUUGGUCUGCGAUUUCAUCCAAGCCAUAGGCUCUAUAAUGAAUGCUAAAUGGGCUGUUGACUCUCGAGUGACAGAAGGGUCUCUUUGUACUGCCCAAGGAAUGAUGAAACAGAUAGGGGAUGUGGGAGUGGCUUUGUCGUACUCCAUCGCUAUUCAUACUUCUUUGGUUCUCGUGUUCAGGUUUUAUUUGCGGCCAGAACUUGCUCUAUAUGUCAUAGCUGGGAUCUGGAUAUUUAUUGCUUUAAUUAUCGGGAUAAGCGCAGGAGUUCAUCGUGGAGACGACUAUUAUGGAAGUACGCGGUAUUGGUGUUGGAUUACUGACGAUUUUGACACAGAGAGGAUCACGCUGGAGUAUCUCUGGGUUUGGACCGCGGCUGUCCUGAAUAUCGUGUGCUACAUUUUGAUCGCAUUGAUGAUCAGAGGCCUCAUCGUUGUCAACGGACACAAGAUUAGCUUCAGACACAGGUCGGCCAUCGUGGAAACAUUCCAUCGCGUCAACAAUCCUACAGCCCAACGGACCAAGCACCUCGCAGUGCAGAUGCUGUUCUACCCGGCCGUCUAUAUCAUCACCGUUACCCCCGUUUCAGUUGUCCGGUGGCUUGAAUUCGGAGGGACGCAAGUACCCUUCAGCGCCACCGCUUUUGCAAGCGUUUGUUUUUCGUGCUCCGGACUAUUCAACGUCAUCCUCUUCUCCGUCACUCGACCAGGAAUCGUACCAAUUCGCGGUCUCACGAACUCCGACGAGCGAGACAGCGAGAGUCACGGAACCGUUAUGAGCCCUAUACAUUCGUCGAAGCCGCCUGUAUCUCCUAGAAUACAUGAGGCUCUUGAGGGUUAUAGUAAUUGGGACGCUGAUGCUGGUCCUCGAAAAGGUAUUAAUUUUAUUGAGGACCAUCGUGAUUCCGAUUCUGUAUUUCAUGGUGUAAAGUAG